AUGAAAAAAAAUAAAAAUGUUGCUGUUGGUGAUGCUAAUGCUAAUGAUGCUAGUGGUGAUAGUGCUGGUGGUGGUGGUGGUGGUGGUGGUGCUCUUGUUGUUUCUGCUGUUCCUGCUCCUCUUGCUCCUGCUGUUGUUGGUGAAAGUGAUAAUAAUAAAAUUAAAAUAACAAAACAUCAACAAAAAAAAGAAAAUAAAGUGAUAAAACAACAAAAGUUGGCUGAAGAAUAUAAAAAAAAAUUUACUCCAGAAGAAUUACUUCAACGAUCAGAAAAUCGAAAACAAGAACAACUUAAAAAAAAAAUGUAUAAAAAAUUGAGAGCUGAAAAAUAUGCUGAAAAAUCAAAAGAAUUCUUAAAAAAACAGCUUGAAGAUCGAGAAGCAAGGGAACAAAAAAAAUUAUUUUAUCAAGAAAAUCCAAAUUAUCAACAACAACAACUACAAGACAAUACCAAUAAUAAUAAAAUAUGGACAAUUGUAUUUAUUGGUCAAACAAAAAUAAUGAAAAAAAUGAAAGGUUAUCGUAAACCACCAUUGAGACAACUGGAAAAAAAAUUAUUAAUGCUUGAAAAUGUUAUUGUAAUACGUGUUGAUGAAUACUAUACAACACAAAAUUGUAGUUUAUGUUUUCAACAAGCAAUUGUAAGCCAAGCUGGACACAGAUACACAUUUUGUCCACAUUGUAAAAUUACCUGGCAUCGUGAUAUAAACGCUGCCAGAAAUAUUGCAAAAAUUGGACUUGCAUAUUCAGGUAUUAAUCCAAAUAAAACACCAAAAGAUUUUCCAACUUUUGACCGUAAAUGGCGAAAAAAAAAUUAAUAUAAUCAUCAUCAUCAUCAUCAACUAUCAGAAAUUGAAAAUCAGGACAUCUAUUAAUCGAUAUUUAUUAAAAAAAUAUAAUACACGAGAAUUUAUGUUAUACAACUGAUUUCAAUUUAAAUUUGCGAUACCAGUCUUAAUCGUACUCGUUAGCCUGUAUAGGCUUGG